UCCCCCACAGUGAGCACCAUAGACCCCGCAGUCGCCCAGGAGCUAGAAUCCUUGUCGCGCCACCGCGCGAUAGACGAGGCUAUAGCGCGGGGAGACUCGGCGGUGCAGGAGUUUUAUAAGGAUGCUGUUAUAUUCGUCACCGGCGGCUCUGGGUUUCUGGGGAAGCAGCUUAUCGAGAAGUUGUUCAGGUCAUGCGACAUCAAACGCGUAUAUCUUCUACUUCGGGAGAAGAAGGGACAGACUUCACAGGAGCGAAUUGCCAAGAUCUUUCAAGAUCCUGUAUUCGAGAUCCUUCACAAACGCAAGCCCGACUUCGCGUCGCGCGUGACGCCGGUCAACGGCGACAUCACGCAACUGCGGAUGGCGAUUAGCGACCAGGACUGGUACACCAUGGCCCAUGAGGUGACGGUCAUAUUCCACGCGGCGGCGACCAUCACCUUCGACGAGCCCCUACGUGUGGCGACCAGAACCAACGUGCGGGGUACCAUGCAGGCGUUACUGCUGGGACAGGACUGCAAGAAACUAAAAUCGUUCGUGCACGUGUCGACGGCGUACGCGCACGCGACCCACAGCCGCAUCGGGUGCUCCGUGCGCGAGGACUUCUACGACAGCCCCGGCGACCCCCGCACCAUGGUGGACCUGGUCGAGCAGCUGAGUGAAGAGAAACUGGCCGCCAUUAAACCUAGGUUGAUCGAAGACUGGCCUAACACGUACGCCUACACCAAAGCUUUAGCCGAGGAGGCUGUGAGGACCAUGUCAGGAGACCUGCCCAUCUGCAUCGUCAGACCCGCCAUAGUCAUAGCAUCGAACCUGGAGCCUAGCCCUGGCUGGGUUGACAUGAGCAGUGUCUAUGGACCGAGCGGGCUCCUCCUAGGCUCCGGUCUUGGCGUCAUGCACACCUUCAUGGCCGAAGACAGUGCCAAAAUAGACCUAAUUCCCGUGGACUAUGUCAACAAUGCUACCAUUGUGGCAGGAUGGGCCACGGCAGAACGCCGCAAAAGUGGACAGAAGGAUAUUAAGAUAUAUACAGUCUCACCAGCUAGGAACCCUAUUACGUGGCGUAAGUAUUUGAGUAAAAACCUAAUACCCGUGGUCUGUGUCAACAAUGCCACCAUUGUAGCAAGAUGGGCCAUGUUAGAACGCUACAAGAGCGGACAGAAGGAUAUCAAGAUAUAUACAGUCUCACCAGCUAGGAACCCUAUUACGUGGCGUAAGUAUUUAAGUAAAAGCCUAAUUCCCAUGGAGAGGACUAAUGUCAAUAAUGCUACCAUUGUAGCAAGAUGGGCCAUGGUAGAAUGCCUCAAGAACGGACAGAAGGAUAUUAAGAUAUAUAUCGUGUCGCCGGCUAGAAACGCUAUUACGUGGCGGAAGUUAAUGAAUAUAAUGCACACAAAGGUCGUUUACUGCGCUAGCACGCCGAAAGCGGUGUGGUACACAUUUGUACACUACACCAGCCGGUGGUGGGUGUUCUGUCUGCUGACUUGGCUGCUCCACUUCAUCCCUGGGUAUCUGGUGGACGGGGUUCUGACGAUGCUUGGCAAGAAACCUAAAGCGAUGAAAUUAUACCGGCUGGCGUUCAAUCUAUCUUCCGUGCUGGCGUACUUCACCUGCCACGAGUUUCACUUCAACGAUGACAAUCUGGUCAAAUUACACAACAGCUUAUCCAGAACAGACCGUGACCUGUACAACUUCGACGUGGAGAAGAUGGAGUGGACCCAGCAGAUGAUCACGUGGGCCGUCGGCCUGAGGAAGUACAUCAUCAAGGACGGGCUCAAGGACACGGAAUACGCCGUCAAAAAGCAGGGGGUGCUCCGGGUACUGAGCUACGUCGCCGGCGUGCUGUACCUCUACGCGAUAUACAAGCUGCUUACUUUAGUCUGUUGGUUUGUUUGUCUCUUUGCUGCUAUGUUUUAAAUAAAUCACGGGUUU